AGUACAACCUGGUGGACGACAGGCACGACCUGCGCAUCCCGCUGCACAACGAGGACGCCUUCCAGCACGGCAUCUGCUUCGAGGCCAAGUACAUUGGGAGCCUGGAUGUGCCACGGCCAAACAGUAGGGUGGAGAUCGUGACAGCUAUGCGGCGGAUCAGGUAUGAAUUUAAAGCCAAGAAUAUCAAGAAGAAGAAAGUGAAUCUCAUCGUCUCAGUGGAUGGCGUGAAGGUCAUUCUGAAGAAGAAGAAGAAGAAAAAAGAAUGGGCCUGGGAUGAGAACAAAAUGCUCGUAAUGCACGAUCCCAUCUACAGGAUAUUCUACGUCUCUCAUGACUCCCAGGACCUAAAGAUCUUCAGUUACAUUGCCAGGGAUGGGUCUAGCAAUAUCUUCAGGUGCAACGUCUUCAAAUCCAAGAAGAAGAGCCAAGCCAUGCGCAUCGUCCGGACAGUGGGGCAGGCAUUCGAGGUCUGCCAUAAGCUGAGCCUGCAGCACACCCAGCAAAAUGCAGACGGGCAGGAGGAUGGAGACAGUGAGAGGAACGGAGAUGAUCUGGAUGUCCCAGCCUGCCGCCUCGCCGGGGUGGAGAGAGCAGCUGCCUCUGCGGAGGAGACGGACAUCGACGCCGUGGAGCUGCCGCUGCCUGGAGCUGACAUCCUUGACUUCAGCCGUGGCGUGACCGACCUCGACGCUGUGGGCAAGGAGGGCUGCCUCCACCCUGAAGAUAUCCUGACAGCGUCGCCCAAGAUGCUGCUGCCCUCCUCUGCCCAGCUGCCUGACCUGGGAACACCCCUCUCUGCCCACCACCAGAUGCAGCUUCUCCAGCAGCUCCUGCAGCAGCAGCAGCAGCAGACGCAAGUGGCUGUGGCACAGGUCCACUUGCUGAAGGACCAGCUGGCAGCAGAGGCAGCGGCACGGCUGGAGGCCCAGGCUCGCGUGCACCAGCUCCUGCUCCAGAACAAGGACUUGCUGCAGCACAUCUCACUCCUGGUCAAACAGGUGCAGGAGCUGGAGCUGAAGUUGGCAGGGAACACGACCACAGGCUCCCAGGACAGUCUGCUGGAGAUCACCUUCCGCUCCAACGUCCUCCCCGUCCUCUGCGACCCGACCACUCCGCAGCCUGAGGACACCCACCCACCACCACUGGGCCCCAGCUCGGCUUUCCCCAGCAGCCUGGGCAGCCCCAUAGGUAGGAACGACUGUCUGGUGAAGCUGGAGUGCUACCGCUUUCUGCCAGAGUCGGGGCCACCCGCCCCGGAGCCAGCGCUGGGCAGCCUGGAGCUCAUCAAGUUCCGCGAGUCGGGCAUCGCCUCCGAGUACGAGUCCAACACGGACGAGAGCGAGGAGCGCGACUCCUGGUCCCAGGAGGAACCGCCGCGCCUGCUCCACGUCCAGCCCAGGCAGGACCUGGGCGACAGCCUGGAGGAUGAGAUCGCGGUGUAG